AGGACGGAACGCCCAGUGUCACACCAUUUACUUCCCGUCAGACAAAGUGUUGGACAAGCACAAGGUCUGCUGUAAAUCGUUCUGUAUUAAAGUUGUUUAAAGGUUUCAUUGUAAAUAUUAUUGAUGGACUGUACGGGGGAGAAAGAAGCAGAAGCGAAUGCGCCUUCAGUUGUUGAUCGAUACUACACUCGCUGGUACAGAGCAGGUAAAUCUGAUCUGACUGUGAUGUGAGUCUGGAGGCUAAAGCAGCGAACAGAAGCUGGACAUGAAGUCCUAUUGAGAAAUCAUUUGAUUAUAAUCCUGUAGAUUAAUAGAAGUUAAAAUAUAAGGAAUAUUUCGAGAUUGUGUCUUUUGUUUCACUAGAUAUGAAGGGGAAACCUUGUGAGGACCACUGCAUCCUCCAGCAUUCAAACAGGUGAGAUCCAUCAAAUAAUUUAAACCCUGCCCCUGUUCUUAAUAGAGGUGAAUGUGUUUUUAUUGUGAUAGCACUUUUCAGACAGUCCCUGCACAUUAAAGUCAUGCUUAGUGCAGAGGGGGUGGUUAUAAUGAGCCAAAAAUAUGGACUAAAUUGAUCACAAUGUGUUAAAGUGUGCCAACCAUAUUUCCUUUAGACAAAAAGUAACUUAUCAGUUUUGCUUAAAAUAUGAUUUAAAUUUGAGACUGUAGCUGAUAUUGGGUCUAAUGAGACAUUUUGACUAGAAUUACGAUAAUUUUCUUGAUGAGAUUUUAUUUAUUUUUUGCAGAGUAGACAUUCAGUCAGCUGUCUGUCAUGAUGAUGGAGCUUGUAUGGUUUUAGCUUUGCUCUUGGUUGUUUUCAACCAGGUUGUUCAUAAUAUAUACAGUCUGUGGUAUAACUGUGUCUCUACAGAAGUUGACAUAAUCAGUGAAGCAGUCAACCUGUUUAUCAAUGUUCAUACUAUCCACAUCACUAGAGAAAAAAUCCUGGGCCACUGUUAAAUGAAUAAAUGUACUUAGUUACUUUCCAGCCUGUUAGUGACCAUGAGUAUAUACCAGUGGCGGCUGCUGGUCUUUCAAGGAGGGGAAGCUCAUUUUUCUGGCCUACAUCAUAAUUGUGUUUGUUUAUUUGUAUAUAACAGAACACAACGGCAGUCGUUUUUAACAAAGACAAAAGACAAAAGUCGCUGAGGAUCGGUAAAGUCUCCGGAGCAGUUAAGAACAACGGAAUGAAUAACUUGGAAAAUGCUCUGGUAGAUGUUUUAUUCUUCAAGAUCGCUGAUUCGCUUGUUUAGCUGUCAAUCAAAAAAGGAUUUUGCCUCAGACAGCUCAUCCAAUUAUGGAUGCAGAAGCUCAGCGUCCGCGAGAAAGUUGGGACCGCCCUCUCGUCAUAGAACUCCAGAGACGCUGAGCGUCCGAUGGGCGGGACAAAGCCCAGCAUUUAUCCAAUGAGCGUCUAGUUUCGCUGCUGGAACAACCCACUUUGAGCUUCCACAUUGAAGUCAGCAGAAGCUGAGCGUCCGGCUGUGUGAAGCGCUGAGGCGCUGCGAGGAUGAAUGAGAACGAAGUUUAGAGCUGUGAUUAUCAGCUUCUUAUCACAGUGUGAUAAGAAGCUGAUUCUGAACAAAAGAUGAAGGCUUUCUAGCGCGUAUUUAGUUAAUGAAAUGUACACACAGCAGUACGUAUUUCACCACCUUUUUCUUUUUUUGGGGGGGUGACAUUUUAAGGGAAGCUGAGCUUCCCUUGCAGUCUUAGAGCAAUCGCCACUGUUAUAUACACAUAUUUUGUUAAACCCUGGGAUAACUACUACAACUUCCAAUCUGAAGUUGAAAGACAUUUCUGAGUACUCAGUACUAGUACUGGGUACUAGUGUCCUUGAAAAAUACGAUUCAAAUAAAAGAUAAAAGCUUCAUAAAGGCUACAGUGUAGAACAUUGAAUUUCCCUUUAGGGAUUAAUUAAAUUCUUAUCUUCUAAGAAAAUUUAAACUCUAAUUUUCUAGACCGUUAAUAAAACUAUAGAUGUAAAGAUUUAGUUCUGUAGAAAUGGAGGAGCUACUCUCUGAGUCAGCAGUUUGUUUUGAUCUAAAAAUUUUGUUAUCUUAUUGUUUUUAACCCUGUUCACUGUGACACUUGUAUCGACUGAUAGCAGUUGAAUUUGUUGUCCUCUCUUCAGAAUAUGUGUCGUCACGUUAGCUCACACUCACCCGAUCCUCCAGGACGGACGAACAAUCAAGAGCAUCAACUACCAGAUCAGUAACGGCUGCAGUCGGCUGAAAAAUAAAGUUUCUGGAAAGUCCAAGAGGGUAAAUUUAUCUAAAAUUUUGACCCUGUAGAUAGAUGUGUUCACUUCUACAUUUGUAAACCUUUUAUGUUUUUCACACCUGUGAGUUUUCUGUUUUUUAACCUUCUCUGUACCCAUUACAGGGCGGUCAGUUCCUCACUGAUUACGCACCUCUGUGUAGGAUAACAUGCACAGAUGAAACUGAGUACACGAUCUACAGGUGAGGCAGCAGUCUUUGGUCCAGUUUUAUGUUCUUGAUCUUUGUGACUCCUCCUCAUUCACAUGUGUGUUACAUUCAUAGCUGCAUCCGGGGCCGGUUGCUGGAGGUCAAUGAGAGUAUUUUGGAAACACCUUCACUCCUGCUGGAAAAGGUAAAGAGGAUUUUUUUUUGCCCUGUGCUUAUCAAAGUCAUGUGCAUAUGUUUUUAUGUCCACCUGUGAAUUCACAUUCUGUACCUGAUUAUUUGACAUGAAAUACUUUGUGUAACUCAUAAAUAAUGUUAGUUUUUGUCAUUUAUAACUGCAGUGUUGGUUCAUUUGAGUUUCACUUUGUCAGAUAAUUGAAAGUGUAAGAGUGUUUUUAUGUUUAAAUCCAAACAGCCAUCCACUGAAGGAUACAUCGCUGUCAUCCUGCCUAAGUUCGAGGAGAGCAAGAGCAUCACAGAGAACCUCCUGAGCAGAGACCAGUUUGACAGCCUGGUCUCUAAACGUACUCUCCCUCAAACACAGCCCUCCUGACAGAGUUUGGGGUUGUGCCUUGUCUAAGUUUGGACUCUUCCAGGAGGUCUUCUCUUCUUUUCACACUCAUCAUGUUUGGUGAAGACUGGGGACACCGACCUGGAAAGUGACUGAUAAAUAAGGGACUUUAGAAAAACAAUUGCAUUCAAUGCAAGCACUGAGCUGUGCCUCCAUUAUUCAUUGUUUUUUAUCAUGUCUAAAUUCAAAUGAGGUUUCAGAAAGCACGAAGACAUUGGUUAUUUAUGAUUUGGAUUUUCUGGGAUGUGAAUAACUUUCAUUUGUCAAAGACUUUAAUCUGAUUUUCAGUCUCCAGAAGUUUUUUUGACUGUCAAUAAACACCAACGAGAGAGAUGUAAGAAAAA